UGGCAGACCAUGUCAAAGUUGGGGUGGUCGUGCUCCUACAAACAUCGUUUUUUCUCAUGCUUCUUGUCGGUAACAGUUGCAAUGAGACGUGCACAAGUAAAGAUAAAAGAGAUUGUUCGACAGACGAUGAGGUCAAACACGAAAGGGACAAAUACAAAGCCAAUUCUGAAUGGACGCCAUACUUGAAAAAGAUCGAAGAUGCCAUGAAAAAUUAUAAAGAAUGUCGACAGGACGACUGUUCGUGUCAUGCAAGUGAAAUAGAAAAAGACCUGUCACCAUGGCAAAAAGGCAUAACAAAAAUUGAUUUUGACAAGGGUCGAGAUCGCGGGACGCAUUAUCAAAUAAUUAAUCAUGUAUUAUACAGAGAAAAGGCAUGCAUGUUUCCGUUCAGAUGUAGUGGGGUGGAGCAUUUUAUUCUUGAGAUUAUCGACCGCCUUCCUGAUAUGGAUCUGUUGAUCAACACUCGAGACUGGCCACAGUCACCUACGUAUUCAAGUCCACUGCCCGUAUUCUCAUUUAGUAAGGUGAGGAAUGAAAAUCAUGACAUCAUGUAUCCCGCCUGGACUUUCUGGGAGGGUGGACCGGCAGUGUGGCCCAUCUAUCCGACAGGACUCGGUCGAUGGGAUAAACAGAGAAAAAUCAUUCCAGGUGCUGCCAAAGAGUGGCCGUGGGAGAAAAAAGAGAGCAAGGGAUUUUUCCGAGGGUCAAGAACAAGCGCGGAACGAGACCCGCUGAUCCUUCUGAGUCGAGAAGAGUCUGAGCUCAUGGAUGCUGAAUACACAAAGAACCAGGCGUGGAAAUCAGAUAUCGACACACUCCACCGGCCCCCAGCUGAAGAAAUACCCCUAGAAGCUCAUUGUAAAUACAAAUAUCUUUUCAACCUGCGCGGAGUUGCUGCCAGUUUCCGUUUCAAACAUCUCUUCCUGUGUGAGUCGCUCAUCUUCCAUGCUGGGGAGGACUGGCUCGAGUUUUUCUACCCGGCCUUAAAACCAUGGGUCCAUUACAUUCCAGUUCAGAGGGAUCUAAGGGAUGUUAGGGAUUUAUUACUUUUUGCCAAAGAAAAUGAUGCCAUUGCUAAAGAAAUAGCAGAUAGGGGAAGGCAAUUUAUAUGGGACCAUCUCCGGAUGGAAGAUGUCAGUUGUUACUGGGAAAAACUACUAAAAAAAUACGCCAAACUACUCAAUUUCAAACCGGUGAAGAAUCCAGCUUACCAUGAGGUGAAGGAACACCGUCGACCAGAGUGGGAUUAUUGAAGAUAUCUUUCUUUUGCCGACAGGGUCAUCUGUAACUGUCUACAUUUUCAAAAGAGUACAAAAAUCAAAUGCGUUUGAAUAACGAAAUUAAAUUGCCAACUGUAAUGUUGAUAUGUUUAGACACCAUACCUUCAAAAUGAUAUUGUUGGUGAGGUAAUGAGAUAAUUGAGAGUGAAAUCGGAUUGCUCAUGAUUCAAUCAUUUUGUUGAGAAUGAAAUAGUUGUUGAUGAUGUAUUGUGUUGUUAAUUUUGGUCCAAGCUAGCUGUUGUUUUUGUGCCAGACUGAGAUUAUACUGAUGUCAGUUGUUGAAAAUAUUUUCACAGUCUUUUAGCAGGUUUAGGAUGGAUAUGAAAAGUCUUAAUUCAAAAUGUGAUAUUCUCCAAUUCAAGUACUUCAGAAUAAACCCGUAUAAAGUACCGAUUCUCCUCCAGAUUUUGAAGUAAUUGGGUCAUCAGUAAAUUUUUCUGAGGAAUCUGUCAUAACAUUUUCAAUGCGUGUUGGUUUUCCAAAUGCUGUAGACUCAUUCCCCAGUCUCCUCCAUUCACUCAUUACAGUGGAUGAAUGCAUAGAGUGCAGGUCCAGGUUCCCUGGACUACAAAUGUUGAAGCCAUUUUUCUCAAAAUGCAAUGAAGUUUAUUGAAAUGCACCUACCCAAUGUGUCCCACCUGAACAUACUAAAAUAUUUAACCUAGCCUCUUAGAAACAGGGGUGUGCAGAAAAUUCUUCCAAUUGUAUGAUAUAUUGAUCUGAAUAGGAUUUAAGUCUCAAAAGCAUUGCAUUGCCUUCAAAUCAAAACCUUAUAAAGCUUAAAGCAUGCCGCAGACAUGCGAUUUUUGCGCAGAGACAUGCAGUGUUUAUCACAUGCUGACAGACUAGCUCAUCACAGUGACGUGAGAUUAAUACUAAUCGGUGACCAUUGUCAAAUUGCAAGAUUUGAAAUCUUAUUCCAUAUGACAUCAUGUUAAUGGGUCAUGUGAUAAAUAUUGCCAGUUUUUAGACCACUGUUGCAAGUGUGUGUUCCUCACGAGGGUGCUGUGAUAAAAAUCACUUCUCUGCAGCCUGCUUAAAGUCACAACGGCACACUUGAUUAUCAAGUAAGUUGAGGAUUGAUUUAAUUAAAGUUGUAAUCAAACGAAGAAGGAAGUCAAAAGAAUAUGACAUCAUUGUUUGAUGAGCAAGGGUGGCCCAGAAAACCUUUCCCUCGCACAAUGGAUAGAAUUCUAUUGUGCGAGGGAAAAGUUUUCUGGGCCACCCUGUUGAACGAAAUUGCCAGAUGGAUAAGAAACCAAGUUUUAAUUGAAAUUAUUAGUAUUAUGGUGUGAUGAGUGAUUAUAAUCAUGUUAUAUUUGUAUAUAUUGUUGUGUGUAAGGAUACUUUGGUAGCUCUUUAAAAAGCCUUGGAGUCUUUAUUUUUUGUGUUCUACUUGGUUUGGACUUAGUUGUGCCUGCCUGUGGGAAAAAAGUGGAGUCUCUCUUUUGAGGACACCAUCGAGCUGUCGUGACAAGUGAAGUUCUUCAUAUAGCUUUUCAGCUCGAUCAUUGUAGAUCUAUUUAAGUUAGUGGUGGUUUAUGAAAAACAGAUGUGAAAUGUGUCACUUAAUCAUUUGAAGAGUUACCAAGAGUAUGAUUUUGACGAGAGUAGGUGUUAUAUUUUCUACCAUUUAAAUUAAUGAAUAGAAUAAAACUUGUAAAGAAUUAGAA